AUGAUGGAAGAGAGCGGGAUUGAGACUACACCUCCAACAAGCCCGACACCACUAAUAAAUGCAGCUGUUUCAAGCAGCCCUCCACCAAUCAACAUGGCUCCAUCAAGCCAUCCUUUCACUGUAGGCACCAGCUCAGUGUCCAUUAAUUCCCCCUCAACCAGUGCUCCACUCGCUCCGGCUUUUACCAGUCCCAUGACUCCGCCAUCCAUCUUUCCUCCUCCUUCUUCAGUUGCCACCCCCUUCAGCACCAAUGUUUCUAUCUCGGGUCCUCCCCUGCCCUCUUCCACUGGACCACCUCCUUUUCCUUCUAGUGCACCGCCAGUUGGGCCUCCUAUUUCCAGUUUUUCCAUGAGCGCAGGAUAUGACAUCACUCGGGGUCAUGCGGGUCGAACACCGCAAACACCGCUGAUGCCAUCUUUUUCUAGCCCGACCGCUAUUCCGGGUGUGGUGUCGAACCCUAUGGUUCAGCAACCUGCUAUGACUGGAGGUUUAGAUGCCAGAUCCCCGAUCACGUUCCCUGAGGAGCAGGAAGAUCCCAGAGUAUUCUCAGACCAGGCUGGUGGAGGAAUAUGGGGAUUUUUUAAGGGCGUCGCUGGGAACCCAGUUGUUAAAACAGUCUUGGAUAAGACCAAGCAUUCAGUAGAGUCAAUGAUUACCACUCUAGAUCCUGGCAUGGCUCCGUAUAUCAAAUCUGGAGGGGACAUUGACAUUGUGGUGACAUCAGAUAAAGAGAUGAAUGUUGACGCAGUACGAGAUGCUUUUCAGGAGGUAUUCGGAAUGGCCAUGGUUACGGGGGAGAUUGGUCAGUCCAACAUUGCACCACAGCCUGUUGGCUAUGCAGCGGGCCUUAAGGGGGCUCAGGAGCGCAUUGAUAGCUUGCGAAGAUCGGGUGUGAUCCACGAGAAGCAGCCAGUGGUCUCAAUGGAAAAAUUUAUUGCUGAGCUCUUUCCUGAGAAGUGGUUUGACAUAGGCUGUUUGAUCCUAGAGGACCCUGUUCAUAACACCAAAGUGGAGGUCUUCACCCAGGCAACGCCAGUGGCACUAGAAUAUGUCCAACAGGCUCAGUCCCUAACCCCACCCGACUAUAGCCUUCGUUGGUCCGGUCUUAUGGUUACAAUAGGUGAAGUCCUAGAACGCAGCCUGCCCAACACCAAUAGGACGGAAUGGCUUCAAGCUAUGACGGGGAUGACACAACGACAGAUGAUCUACAGUGCUGCCAAAGCAUUGGCUGGAAUCUACAAACAGAGGAUGCCACCCAGGACUGAAUGA